GCGGAGCCGCGGUUCCAACGCCGCGCCGCGGGGCAGGGCCCCCGCCAUGGAGAGCGGGAUGCCGCUGUCGGGCGGGCAGCGAGCGCUGAUCCGGGAGAGCUGGCAGCGGCUGAGCGGCAGCCCCGUGCAGCACGGCCUCGUCCUCUUCACCAGGCUGUUUGACUUGGAUCCUGACUUGCUGCCCCUUUUCCAAUACAACUGCAAGCAGUUUGCCAGCCCUCAGGAGUGCCUCUCUGCCCCUGAGUUCCUGGAUCACAUCAGGAAGGUGAUGCUGGUGAUUGAUGCUGCUGUGAGCCACCUGGAGAACUUAGCCUGCCUGGAGGAAUAUCUCUGCAACCUUGGCAAGAAGCACCAGGCAGUUGGUGUGAAGGUUGAGUCUUUCUCGACUGUUGGUGAGUCCUUGCUGUACAUGCUGGAGAAAUGCCUUGGUGCUGCCUUCAGCCCAGAAGUGCAGGAAGCUUGGAGCAAACUCUACAAUGCUGUGGUGAAAGCCAUGCAACGUGGCUGGGAGACCCUCCCAGAAGGGGACUAGAUCCUGCCAGCCAUCCCUAUCCCUGACCAUGCAGUGUCCUGAGCACAGGGAGUCUCGUGCCACACUCGCUGCCUCUCCCCACCUCUGUCUUUCUGUGUGCACCAGCCCAUGGCUGCCUCUGCCACUCACACGUGCUGUGGGGCUCUCACGUGGUUCCACCCUGCUUCAACAUGAGCGUGUCUCUGCCUUUGCUAAGGGCUGGCAGAGCAUGUCCCUGCAGCGAGGCCUGGCAGUGCCACAGCACAGGUAUGCCACCCUGCCCCAAGUUCCUUCAGGAACACCAACACCCACACACCUACUCUGGGUUUUAGCUUGCUCAUCUUCCCUCCUCUUGCUACCCAUCCUCUGUAGGUGAGAGCUGGCAUAGGCCUCUUGGGCUUAUUUGCCCAAAUCCUAUUUGCUGUGCUUUCCCUGCCAAGUCUGACACUGCUCGGUCCUCCUGCACUGCUGUACCUGGUUCAGCUGUGGCAGUGACAGAUUUGGCUCCAUCCAGGCCAAAAGGCAGCAAGAGAGUGAGGCUGGUCACAUCAUGUGGCUGUCCUCCAACCUUGCAGAGAAUUUUCCCCUUCUCCCUUUGUCAAUACAUCACUACCAGUUGGUUAAUUCUGGUGCUUCUGCCUUGCCUCUGACCUGGAUGGAAUCCCUGGCUUUUCCCUGUGUCAGGUUGGCCACAGCCCAGUAGGUUUCCUAGGCAUGCUUCAGGCAGUGUUGUCACAUUAAUCCCAAGGUGAGACUACUUUUGGCAGGGUUAGGCUGCCAGUUGAAAGGCUUUGUGUUGAUUUGGCCUGCUGGUUUACCCUUGGAGCUAUCUGAAAUGCAGCAGCAGCGGUAGCAGUGUCUGUUUACUGCUUUGUGUUAAGGAAAAUAAAGUAAAUCCAAGGAAAAGAUGUCUUAAAAUAAAAAUGAAGGUAGCAAUUGUGUCAUAGCAACAGCUUCCAGAAAUUCUGGCUCUUGGCCAGAGGAAGCAUAGCAUUCUGGAUGCUGUCAGAAUCUGGAGCACUUCCCAGCUGCUCACAGUGCCCAUCUGCAGAGUUCCUCACCCUCACAGGAAUGAGGAGAUAGCAUCUGCUAGAAGAAAUCCCAGAAAACUGCUGAGAAGCAGCACCUGAGGGCUCUGUGACGGGGCUGAACUUGAGCACUUUGAGGAAGAGUUCAUCUUUAUGGGGAAGUCACUAUGGAAAAAGCAGAACCAUGUUUCUAGCCACCACUAGCCCCAGAGCAAGGACAUAGAGCAAUUAUUCAGUUACAAGCAGCACUGGGUUUUUUUGCUUCUUCUUCAGGACAGGAGGAGCCUAGUGUUGAGGUCUGAGAUGGUCCUGUUCUGAGGACACAUUCAUCUUAUUCUCAGAUGUCCUCCACUCUGGGGCAGGAGAAAGCUGCCUGCUCAAUGUAAAUGAGGUCUCCUAGGCCCAUGCCACAGAGGGGAUGGUGGGGUGCCCUGUGAGAUGGUUCUCUAGUGCCCUGCCACCAGGCCUGAUGGCAGCUAUGGGCUACCAGCAAGCAAAAAGCCCUCCAGAUGUGUUUGGGAGGCAAGCAGGUGUUGUGAAACAGGAGGGAACAUCCCCACAUUCCUUGUCCUCCCUAUUGGUACCAUGUUCUGCAGCCCUGCAGUGUGGUGCUGUGCAUCCUGGCCCAUGGCUCUCUCCAUCAGCUGGGUCAGGUGAAGUCCUCCCCAUUCUUGUACCCAGCAGUGCGGGAUGGAGGAUCUGGGGCUGGGGCGAGACACUGCCUUUGAUGGCACAGUAUAGGGCAGGAGGGUUUGGGAAUGGGCAUGUCCUCUUUGCAAACCUGUUAUGGGACAUCAGCCUUCAGCAUCAGGGAAGUGGGACACCUUCUGGCUCCAUGUGACAGGUAGGCAGCUGUGUGACGGGUGAGGUAUGGGUGUUACUGCCCAAACCAUCCCUGCUCCCUCUAGCUUUCCCAGCUCCUUGGCUUCUUCUCUUCUGUGCCACAUUUUGUGUUCCCAAGAGAACUGAACUAGUCUGUGUGCCUCUUAUACCCAGCUGUACUGUUUAUUAAAAAACAAUGGUGAGUCUUA